CAUGUACGGCGGUGUUUUGCCACAUACGGCGAUAUCAAAUUCCGACAGUGGCGGUGGUAGAUGAACGCGUUGUAAAGGGUCUUCUUGUGACAACCAUACGCGAUCAACUCUCCUACCUCAUUCAACAGUCACCACCACCCACUUUUUCGGAAGAAGAUCUUUUCAUUGUAACAAUAGAACGCUACCGCACUUCAUCGACAAACAGUUCUUACGUCCUGCAUGAGGACUCGCCCCAGCAACGCAUGGUGGGCGAUGGGAGUGAGUUGAGGGAAGAGCUAUUGUCCUUUGAUGUUCUCCGCUCUUUCAUUUUACGUGAAUUAAACAUCAUUCGGAGGCUUCAUCAGGAUAGUGCGCCUGGUGCAGAGGCCUACUAUCCGCCAGAGCACACUCCUUUGUCGCACUCUAGUUUUACGACGGUCACCAGCGUGGACAGCGUUUUGGAGGUGGAGUUCCAUGAAGGCGGCAAUCAAAACAGUGCUCCACACAUUGAGAAUGUCAAACUGGCGCUUGGUCUUUUUGUGCGGUACGCUCGCCUCUACUUGAGCACGCGUAGUCUGGCCCUCUUGGAUCGUCAAGAGCUUUCGGUAUCGCUUGAAAAGCUUCUUCAUGCACUCAAUCGUUUGAUUCACGAUGUUCGUCGACUCGGGAACUCGGUGCUGACUGGAAUUGUGGAAAACGUGCGGGAAGAUCUGAAGAGCCUUGCUGGGAUUCUGCAGAACAGCUAA